AAUUUUCACAGACCAAUGAGCAAUUCAGAGAUGAAAAAUAGGACAUUGAUUGAGGACAUAAGGAGUCUGAGAUUGAUAACUGGAGUUAACACUCCAUACCUACCAAAUGGCCAAAUUGAUCUUGAAGCAUAUGAUAAAUUGGUGAAUAUGCAGAUUGAAAAUGGUGUUCAAGGGAUUCUUGUUGCUGGCACAACCGGUGAAGGCCAAUUGAUGAAUUGGAAUGAUAAAAUAAUGCUUAUUGGGCACACAGUUAACCUUUUUGGUGAUAAAGUUAAGGUUAUUGGUAAUGCAGGAACAAAUUGCACAUCAGAUGCAAUUAAAGCCACAGAGAGAGGUUUUGCUGUUGGAAUGCAUGCUGCACUUCAUAUAAACCCUUACUAUGGGAAAACCUCAAUGGAAGGUUUAGUUGCUCAUUAUAAUAGUGUGCUUUCAAUAGGGCCUGUUAUUAUAUAUAACAUACCUUCAAGAACUGCUCAAGAUAUUCCUCCUAGUGUGGUUGAAAUCUUGGCUAAAAGUUCUAAUUUGGUUGGUGUUAAAGAGUGUGUGGGGAAUGAAAGGGUCAAAGAGUAUUCAAGUGAAGGAAUUGUUGUGUGGACUGCUAAUGAUGAAGAAAGCCAUGAUGCUAGAUGGGAUUUUGGGGCUGUUGGAGUUAUGUCUGUUGCAAGCAAUUUGAUUCCUGGUUUAAUGAGAGAACUCAUGUUUGGAGGAAAGAAUCCUACACUGAAUUCAAUGCUCAUGCCUCUGUUUGAUUGGCUUAACUUAGAGCCAAACCCAAUUGCUUUGAACACUGGUCUUGCUCAACUUGGUGUUAUUAGGCCAGUUUUUAGGCUACCACAUGUGCCUCUUCCUGUGGAGAAAAGGAUAGAGUUUGUGCAUUUGGUGGAGGUAAUGGGUAGAGAGAAUUUUGUUGGUGAUAAAGAUGUUGAAGUUCUUGAUGAUGAUGACUUUAUCAUUGUUGGUAGAUAUUGA